AUGAAAUUUUGCCAUGACAAAAAUUUUCAUGGAACUGUUGAUCUAUCUUAACAGGCCUCCUUGUAUCAGUCCUCUAUAGACAGAAGCCUGGAAAGACCCAGUAGUUCUGCAAGCAUGGCCAGUGACUUUAGGAAGCGGAGGAAGAGUGAGCCUGCAGUGGGUCCGCCCAGGAGUUUGGGGGAUCAAAGUGUAAGCAGGACUAGCCCAGGCCGAGCAGACCUCCCAGGAUCAAGCACCACCCUUGCAAAGUCUUUCAUUAGUUCCUCCCCUUCUUCCCCAUCGAGAGCAAAAGGUGGGGAUGAUAGCAAAAUGUGUCAGUCCCUUUGCAGUUACUCAGGGUUCAACGGCAACCCUUCCAGUGAGGUAGAUUGCUGUAGCACUUAUAGACAGCAUUUGGACGUCCCCCGGGACUCACAGAGGGCCAUUACUUUCAAGAACGGCUGGCAAAUGGCCCGGCAAAAUGCAGAGAUCUGGAGCAGCACUGAAGAAACAGUUUCCCCCAAAAUCAAAUCCCGUAGCUGUGAUGAUCUCCUCAAUGAUGACUGCGAUAGCUUACCUGACCCAAAAACCAAGUCAGAAAGCAUGGGCUCCCUGUUAUGUGAAGAGGACUCCAAAGACAGCUGCCCCGUCACGUGGGCUUCCCCCUACAUCCAGGAGGUUCGCAGCAAUGGCAGAUCAAGGAUCAGACACAGGGCCCACAACGCCCCAGGCUUCCUAAAAAUGUACAAGAAAAUGCACCACAUUAACCGCAAGGAUCUGAUGAAUUCAGAGGUGAUUUGUUCCGUAAAGUCGAGAAUAAUGCAAUAUGAAAAAGAGCAGCAGCACAAGCGGCUGCUUCACGGGUGGAGCCAGUCCUCCACGGAGGAGGUGCCCAGGGACAUGGUCCCCACCCGCAUUUCUGAAUUUGAAAAGUUGAUUCAAAAGUCCAAAUCCAUGCCAAAUUUAGGAGAUGAAAUGUUAUCUCCCAUAACUCUAGAACCACAACAAAAUGGUUUAUGUCCCAAGAGGCGAUUUUCCAUUGAGUCUUUGCUGGAGGAGGAAAAUCAAAGCAGACAUCCUUCUCAGGUACAAAGAAGCUGCACGUCUAAAACCNUGGUGCCAAUUCAGAUUGAGGUCACCAGUGAAGAGCAACCGAGAACUCAUACGGAAUUUUCCGACAGUGACCAAGAUGGAGUUGUGUCUGACCACAGUGACUACAUUCAUGUGGAAGGGUCAUCCUUUUGCAGUGAAAGUGACUUUGAUCACUUUUCUUUCACAUCUUCUGAAAGCUUUUAUGGAUCCAGCCACCAUCACCACCACCAUCACCACCACCACCAUCACCGGCACCUCAUCAGUUCCUGCAAAGGCAGAUGCCCUGCCUCCUACACUCGAUUUACCACAAUGUUGAAACAUGAAAGAGCAAAACAUGAAAAUCUUGAAGAACCCAGAAGGCAAGAAAUGGACCCUGGCCUUUCCAAACUUGCAUUUCUAGUCAGUCCUGUGCCUUUCCGGAGGAAAAAAAAUUCAACUCCCAAAAAACAGACUGAAAAGGCAAAAUGUAAAACAUCUGUAUUUGAGGCCCUGGACUCUGCCCUCAAAGAUAUUUGUGACCAAAUUAAAGCUGAAAAGAGAAGGGGAAGUUUGCCAGACAACAGUAUAUUGCACCGUCUUAUCAGUGAACUGCUGCCAGAUAUUCCUGAAAGGCAUUCAUCCCUUAAUGCUGUAAAAAGGAGCCCCAUGCACCAACCUUUCCACCCACUGCCUCAAGACGGUGCUAUUCAUUGCCCAUUGUACCAGCAUGAAUGUGAGAGAAUGCCUCACAGUGCCUCCUCCCAGGACGUGGCCACAACCAACGACAACUACCACCACCAAGACCAUGAUAGUGCACUGACUCUCCAAGGUGGACGAACUUUUCUUUCUUUUUGCCUGUGGUUCAGAUACCCACCCUCCAGCUCUUUCAUUUCCAUUCCUACAUCUCGUCCUUCCUGA